AGUUUGCUCACGCUCUCCAUCCGUUCGAAACAAGCGCGGCCUCGGAGAUUUCAAUGAGUCCACAUUACUCUUUCCCCUAACGUUCAGUUCUUCCAGUGCCGUGCUCGUAUUAAGACGUAAAAGUUGUAUUGCCCUUUGCGACGAAAGAUUCCAUUUCGAAAUUUGGAAGAAGAAGCGAAACGGUUGCAAGAAAAAAAGCGCCACUACACGAAAAAUUAACUUGUAAUAACAACAGCCAACAGCAUCAACAACAAUAACAACCCUCAACAUGUCGACCAACCGUGCUCCAAAAUCCGGAUUCGCCGCUGAAGCACAGAGAAAGAUCAACCAGAAAUACAGCGAAGAAUUGGCGGCGGAAUGCUUAGAGUGGAUCAAAGAAGUGACCGGUGAGCCCAUCAACACCUCCGGCGAUAUGGACAAUUUCUACGAGGUGCUGAAGGAUGGCGUGACGCUGUGCAACCUGGCCAACGCUAUCGAGCCCGGCUCGGUCAAGAAGAUCAACACCAGCAAGAUGGCGUUCAAGUGCAUGGAGAACAUCUCGGCGUUCCUUGAGUGCGCGAAAAAAUUCGGCGUGCCACCCCAGGAGACCUUCCAGACGGUGGACCUGUGGGAGAGACAGAACCUGAACUCGGUGGUGAUCUGCAUCCAGUCGCUGGGCAGGAAGGCUGGCAAGUACGGCAAACCAUCGAUCGGACCAAAGGAGGCGGACAAGAACGAGCGUCAAUUCUCGGACGAACAGAUGCGGGCCGGACAGACGGUCAUCUCGCUGCAGUACGGGUCCAACAAGGGCGCAACCCAGAGCGGUAUCAAUUUCGGUAACACUAGACAUAUGUAAAGAUUUUUUUUUUCUCUAUUACGUUUUCGUUUGCUAAGUUUACCAACGCGUUGAGGACAGAAAAGUUAAGUUUAAAGUAAGAACAAAGUUCAAAAAUUGUAUGGAUUAACAACGAAUACGGCAGCAUAACAUUAGGCACCAUCGGUCAAGAACCAAAACAAAAGACCUCGAACGAGGCAAAAAUCUGUGUCAAAAGCGCAAACUAUAUCAUACCCUUCAGUUUCAUCGUAGCAUUUCCGUUCAACCGCAUGUUAUAUACAAAUAACAAUUCGAAAUAUUUAGAUGAAUCACUAGCUGGGAAACAAAAUUAGAGUGCUCUUAUGAACGUAGAACGUAAUAUUCUUCUGGCAACCAACAAUCGUACCUACACCGAAAAAAAUUGUAGCGCCUUAUGUAGAUUAAAUCAUUGUUACAAACAUUCCAUCUACACUCCAGUUGUUAUAGAGCCUUACACAACAGUUACUCACACACAUUCCAGGAACUGUAUUAUAAUCUAUCAAUAUUCCAUCUGUUACAUCUAUUAGGAAGGUUUUCAAUCAUAUACGAACAAGAUUGUCAAAUAAAUAAAAUCAUAGAAUGAAAUAA